GCCCUCAGAGCUGUCCACUUGUGAUCGGAUCACAAAAACCACAUGUUAAUACCAGGUGGGUAAACGGGGCCUGAUCUGUGUCUGCGGGCGCUAAAUUCUAAUGCUACACGGUUAAAUAGACCUAUUAAAUCAACCGCUCACACAUGACCCGCACUGUGACGAAUCGACCAGGUGACAAACUGAGGGGAAAUCGAUUUGUACAAGUCGAUCGACUCGAUCUUUUGUUUACGGGGGAAACGGGGGUUUUAGUUCUGGUUAUAUGAUCGUGGUGUCCACGGGUUUUGCCCCCGGGUCGGUCACACAUCAAGCGGAUGGAAGCGAGACAGCCACCGGGGGCUCAAGCAGCUUUACCGGGGCUGACACAUGCCCGUACCGGAGGAUGCAGAGAGAGGUUUUUCUCACUCUAAAACUUGUUUAUUGUCAUCCAGAAAUAAUGCUGUGAAUUUCUGAUCAUCCGUUUCAGUGUGUUGUAUAAUAAAGCUGUUUUUGAACAACAUGGCGGAGGAGGUGAGCACUGAGGGCGACUGUGGCUCUGCGGGGACAGACUCGUUUCCCGUGGAGGAUUACGAAUGUAAAAUAUGCUACAACUACUUCGACCUGGACGUCCACACCCCCAAAGUGCUGGGCUGCUCCCACACCUUCUGCCUCGAGUGCCUGGUCACGCUGCACUCCCGGGACGGUCGAAGAUGGAGGAUCGUUUGCCCCGUGUGUCGCCACCGGACUCCGGUGCCGGAGUACCGGGUGCACAACCUCCCCAACAACACCGCGGUGACCGAGGCUCUCCCGCUGAAAGAGCUUGUGACCCCAGACUUCCAUCCCGCGGGUGCAUCCGUCUCCCCUGCAGCAGCCUCCACAGAGGGCGAGGACAGCGGUCAUGCGUGCAAGCGAGUGGCGUUCACGACGGGCUGCGUGUGCGCCAUCUUCUCCGUCCUGUCCACGGCGGUGCUCCUGUUUCUGGGUCUCGUCUUUGUGCACAACUUCAACAGCAGCGUCUCACCGCUCGGCCCAGUGUGUCUGUUCGUCUCCAGCCUCCUCGCCCUGUUCUCGCUCAUCCUCACGUGGCUGACGUGCCUGCUGAGGUACCGACCUGAAACUGGAGCGAGCAACUUCAGUUCCCACAGCUCCUAUGUACCGUGAUCGUCCGGCUGCAGAGCUAACGCAUGAACUCAUCUCAGCCAGUAUGAGAGUGUGAAUUUAUAUAUUUAUAUUUAUUGUGCUAAGACCUCCUUCUAGAUGCCUCUGUCAGUAUAAACGACUCAAUGACAACACACUGACCUUUGUGGACAGAUUUCAUGAAAAAUAAAGUGGAAACUAGAUUUUAUGUGACAAUUUAUUGCUUAACAUAUGUUCGCCUAUACACAGGAUUUCUUUAAAAAAUCUCGAAUCCAAUCAUCAGAAUUUUAGGCAAUAAAUUAGCCUUUAAAAAGUUUUAGACCACGCUUAAGAACAGUUUUGAUUGUGAAGGUAACACUACAUGUAUAAAGUUGCAUUAAUUUUAGUCUAACUAUUAAAUGUGAAAUUGUAUUGAUCGCACUGGACCAAAACAGUAACAAUAACACAAUAAAUAAAACCAUGGAACCAG